CAAUUCGCCACACGCCAUGGCCGACAACUCAUGGCGUGAACACAGCAGUCUCCAAAACAUCUCGGAUGGUGGAGGGAAAGGUGACGCCACAAAAGGACGCGGCAGAGCGGGGCCGCAGUUCAACCGUGUGAUUCCAAAGUUCCUUCAGAAGUACCACACACCAGAAACGUUGGACCAUGAAGCAAGUUUGGCAUUGAAGCGGCCCAAGGAAGUUGACGAUGAGGCCGACGACGAUGAUGAGCUCGAUGAAGUUCAGAAGGAAGCGUUGGAAGCGUACAAGGCCGAACAGGACAAGAAUAAACAUGUUGGAGUCAACGAGGAAGUUGUUGAGAAAGCUGACGAGGCACCACGACCAGAGAAACGAAAAUCCAUGACUUUUUCGUCUACGUCCAAGAAAGGCUUGUCAUCAACCGCCCAAGGCGCAACCACCACUCCCCCCGCAAAGAAGAGGAAAGCAGUCAAUAACGCGAAGCUCUUGUCGUUCUCCAUGGACGACGACUAGGCCUAUACCAUCCUCUUCUCAUCGACGUUGUCCUGCCAGCGUCCGUCGUAACCGCGUUUAUGAAGCAGUACAUCCGCUCCUUCACGUGGAAUCCCUUUGGUGCCGACAUGAAGCUCGUCGUUGUGGUCGUGCGUGGGUGCCGUAAGUUCGCAUCACGCAUGACACCACCUUGGCAUUCCGACGACGCUAUUAGUACAAUAGUAGCAAUAACUCGAUAAUUUUACACUAUUUUACA